UGAAAUUCCCUCUCUCUAAUACACUGUACUUUAAAUUUUCUUGUAAACGUGCGAUACAGAUUAGAAAUAAAAAUUUAACUAUAACAAGAUUAUUCAAUAAGUAAUUUUAAUAUUUUAUAAAAUUUAUACUAAUUGAAUCACAUCAAUUCUUAAGGAUGUUGGACAUUAAACUAAAUAUUGUAUCUGAAAUUAAUACAUCUAUCAUCAGGCAAUAUAUUUGUGCUGCAACUGGAAUGUUAGAAACUGACUUUUAUAUGAUAUUAAAUGGAAAAAUAUUAAAUGAAACUAUAGUUAAAAGUGGUACAGUACAAAUUGUUCCUCGUUUAUUAGGAGGAAAGGGAGGUUUUGGUUCUAUGUUACGUGCUAUUGGUGCUCAAAUAGAAAAAACAACUAAUCGUGAAGCAUGUCGUGACUUAAGUGGAAGACGUUUACGAGAUAUAAAUGAAGAGAAGCGUGUAAAAGAAUUCUUAGCUAAAGGUAAUCAGUCCACAGAAGAUCCUGAAGAACGAAAAAAAAGAAAGUUACAACGCUUAUGUCAAAAACCUAAAACUGAAUUCAAGGAUGAACAUUACGAAAAAAAUAUGUCAGAAAUGGCAGAAUUUGUGUCAGAAGCAGUAGAAUAUGGUUUAAAAGCAGGAACAUCAGAACCUAAAAAAAAGAAAAAGGCAAGAUCUAAAGGAUAUUUUGAUUCAGAUUUAGAUACAGACAGUAGCAGUGAUUUAGGUGAGGAAAAAACAGAUUCAGAUGAAAAGGUAUCAUUACAUAGUAAUAUAGAACCAGAAAUAACAACUAAAAGAAAAAACUGUGAAUUGGAAGAAGAAUUGACCUCGCUAAAAAAAAUUAAACAAGGAAAUUAAAAAUUAUUUUGUAUAUUAUUAUGGUUCCUUCUUUUUUUUUGACAAGUUAAUUUUCUAUUUUUUAAUUUUAUCCCAACAAUUCAUUUAAUAUUAUGAUAAAUUUAAAAAAAAAGUUAUUUAAUAUUAUACAUUAAAUUAUCAAAAGACAUGUAUAAGUGUUUACAAACAAAUAUACAAAAUAUUAUGACUUAA